GUGAAACACUUUAACCAUUUGGAAUUGCGGUUUCACUGCUUCUAUGCUGACAAGCUGGGAGCGUAACGCAUUUAUCUAAGGUGCGAAUUCGCCGUAAUUGUUUGUAACAAGAGCUUGCGAAUGUUCUCUCUUCAUUUUGUAGCUGCGUUACUUGAACCUGUUGUGUGAGCAGAAGAGGUUUGAAUUGCUGCCGCAAUUGCGGUUAUUUUGGUAUUGCGCGAAAUAACAGAUAAAUGCGACCAUAACUGCGGUCGCGUUGACGUUGCUGCCACAAUCGCGAUCGCGAACAGUGUUUCAAAACAUCGUGUGAGGUUGAGGCUCGUCUUGUUUCUAAUGUGUGUACAUUGAUGGUGUUUACUUAGGUUUUCGUAACUUUUUGUGCAUUCUUGAAAUUUUAGUUUGAUCAUUGCUAUUAAGUCACUCUUUGCUGUUGUUUGAUGUAGUUUUUGUAGAUUAUAAAUUCACGAGGGAGAUUAAAUAAAUACGAAGUUAGGCGCAUGAAAAAAUUGUUGUUCCUGAUAUGCUUAAGUCAGUACUUAAGGUAUUUAAAAGAGCUGUUGCGAGCAUUUCUUUUUUUUGUGCCUUCUUUAGUUUUUAUUUUUUUUUAUAAAUGAAGCCAUAUUCAGAUGUGCCAGGAGUGGAGCUAAGUUCUGUUUGUAACUAGGCCAUAACUUGUCUGGCUUUUAGUCCCACUCAAGUGAAAGAGAAAGGGGUUGAAAAGAACUCAGAAGCAGUCAUAAUUCCUUAAUGGAGAGUUCUGAAGAGGAAAAUGAUGGAGUCUCCAGAAAUCAUGUCCCCAAGGAACUGAUUCGUUUAGCAUCUAAUGGUGCAAAAUUUGUUGACGAAGUACUCAAUGGUCAAAAUGAAUGUUGUCUGGAGAGUUUUCGCAUGGAUAAACACGUAUUUUAUAAGUUAUGUAAUAUCCUGCAAGCCAAGGGUUUAUUGCGUCACACAAAUCGAAUCAAAAUUGAAGAGCAACUAGCCAUAUUUGUGUUCAUAAUUGGACAUAAUCUACGGACAAGAGCAGUUCAAGAGUUAUUUCGUUAUUCUGGAGAAACUAUUAGUCGUCACUUUAACCAUGUUUUGAAUGCUAUAAUGUCAAUUUCACUGGAACUAUUUCAGCCUCCUGGCUCUGUUGUUCCUUCAGAAAUCUCUGAAGAUCCUAGAUUUUAUCCAUAUUUUAAAGAUUGUGUGGGAGUAAUUGAUGGUAUACAUGUACCAGUGACGGUAGGUGUAGAUGAGCAAGGACCUUUCCGCAACAAGAAUGGUUUACUUUCACAGAAUAUUCUGGCAGCUUGCUCGUUUGACCUCAAGUUCCAUUAUGUUUUGGCUGGAUGGGAAGGAUCUGCUACAGACUUGCAAGUUUUUAAUUCAGCAGUUACAAGACGGAACAACUUGCAGGUCCCUGAAGGUAGAUACUACAUCGUAGACAGUAAGUAUCCAAAUGUGCCAGGUUUCGUUGCUCCAUAUUCCAUUCCCUACUACAAGGAAUUUCCCAGCGAUUUCCACCCACAAGAUGCUACAGAGCUAUUCAAUCAACGGCACUCAUUAUUACGAAACGUCAUAGAUCGAACUUUUGGGGCUUUAAAGGCACGAUUUCCUAUAUUGAUGUCUGCUCCUUCUUACCCAUUACAAACACAAGUGAAGUUGGUAGUGGCUGCAUGUGCAUUACACAAUUUCAUUCGCAAUGAGAAGCCAAACGAUUGGAUUUUCAAGAUGUAUGAGCAUGGUUCAUUUCCAAUGGAGGAAUCAGAACCCCAAUUAGAGAUGGCAGUGGCACCAAAGAUGGAUGUCGAGAGCCAGACUCAGGCAUCAGAUCAUACUUUUGAUUCUGAAGAAGUUGUACAUGAUGCUUCACAGUUAAGGAAUUCUAUUGCUGCUGAAAUGUGGAAUGAUUUUAUCCAAGAUUUCCCCCCAUGGUACUCAAAUGUUGAUGGGACCAUAAGAAAUAUACUGACAUGGAAUUGGGAAUGAAGGUACAUAGACAGAGAAGUGACUUAGCUUGAAAGGCUAAUACAUUGCUGUCAUGUUAUGGAACUUCGGCACGUGAUUCAGUACGGUAUUCCCUAAGACAUUAUGAUAUUCCUCACAUUCUUCUGCAUUGGUAGUUUUAUGCCAUUCAAUGAACUUCAAAAUGUGAAGUUACCUCGGACAAAUAUUUUUGUUACAUAGAUAAUCAUGUUAAUAUUUUACUUUAAUUUAAUAGGUCCAAAAAAUUUCUUAAUAUACUCCC